CUGCUCUUAAGUGUCUAGAAUUUUCUGUGUCCCACCCUUGAGAGAAGAGACUGGCCCCAGAUCUGACUCACUACACUACAAGAUAGACUCUCCUCUUAAAGCACCAACAUUACUUGAGCCUUUGGAUAAAACUGAAGAAGUGUCCGCAAGUAUUGUGGACCCUGCAGGAGGUGGGGGGCUGGCAACUGGCGGUAAAGACAAGAAGAUGGCAGGCUUGGGGCCCAACACUCAAGCAGACCCUGAAAUUGAGCUUUUUGUGAAGGCUGGAAGUGAUGGGGAGAGUAUUGGAAAUUGUCCCUUUUGCCAACGCCUUUUCAUGAUACUCUGGCUUAAAGGAGUUAAAUUCAACGUAACUACUGUUGACAUGACCAGAAAGCCUGAAGAGCUGAAGGACUUAGCCCCAGGUACCAAUCCUCCCUUCCUGGUGUAUAACAAGGAGUUGAAAACAGACUUCAUUAAAAUUGAGGAGUUUCUAGAGCAGACACUGGCUCCUCCAAGGUAUCCUCACUUGAGUCCCAGAUACAAGGAGUCCUUUGAUGUGGGCUGUGACCUCUUUGCCAAGUUUUCUGCCUACAUUAAGAAUACACAAAAGGAGGCAAAUAACAAUUUUGAAAAAUCUCUGCUCAGAGAAUUUAAGCGUCUGGAUGACUACCUAAACACCCCGCUUCUGGAUGAAAUUGACUCAGACAGUGCUGAGGAACUCACUGUUUCCAGAAGAUUGUUCUUGGAUGGAGACCAGCUGACACUGGCUGACUGCAGCUUGUUACCCAAAUUGAACAUCAUUAAGGUUGCUGCCAAGAAAUACCGUGACUUUGAUAUUCCAGCAGAAUUCUCAGGAGUCUGGCGCUAUCUCCACAAUGCCUAUGCCCGUGAAGAAUUUAUCCACACGUGUCCUGAGGACAAAGAAAUUGAAAAUACUUAUGCAAGUGUAGCUAAACAGAAGAGUUAGGACAGCUCUUUCAGGAGAAAAAGCUCUCUUUGUUAUCAGAUUUUACUUGUUGCUGUAUUAGAAAGGUUUUUGGAAAUAAGCAUAUGGAAAAUACUACUUCUAUUCAACUUUCUUAUGAAAAAGAACUGUAUUUUCUGUAUUUAGUUAGCCACAAACAAUCUGUCUUCUGUGUAUUUUACAGGACUUCAUAUUUUCACUUUAUUUUCUUUAUUCCCACGGAAAAUCACUGCAAUCUUGAAUGACACGAAAAGCAUCAAGAUCUUUUGCUCUUUGCUUGAAUUCCAAGAAUGCAUAAUGUGUAAGCUGUUUGAUGUCUGAAGUUACAAAUAACAAGUAGAGCCACAAUCUCAAAAUGCUCCUUAGAAACAUUUCCAUCUAAAUCAUUACAAUGAUUUUACAUUUUUGUUAGUUUAAUACAUUCAUGAGUUUAUUUCUGAUAUGAAAAAUAAAAUCUGAGGGUGAGCAUAUCAAGAGGCAAAUGCUAAAAGAGUGAUUUAAAAAAUCAUCUCUAGAAAGAGAUCAAGACCAACUGGUCUUAGAACAGCAUUUACCACAUAGAAAUAUGACCACCUCAUAGUCAGAAAUGAAAAUAUGGACUUUGUGACCAGAUUAUAUGAUUGUUAAAUGAGCAAGCAUUUAUCAGAUAAAACAUAAUUUUAAAAAACAAGAUCAGAAGAAAAUAUAUGGCAAACUUGUAAAAUCAGUCAGAUCUUUUAUUCAUAGAAAUAAGAGGGAAACUAGAAAUUUGGCUGACCAAAAAUUCUUGUUGCUGUGCACAAAAGGAUAAGGUACACAGUACUUAGAGGGUAAUCACAAAGUUUUCUACGGAAUUUAAAAUGUUGCAUUACUAUAUGUAUUCAGAUUCACUUGUUAAAGUCCUCUCAAAUUAUUCAAAUCUGGAAACAAAAGCUGAAAAUUCUUGAUCCUUCAAAGGAGAAUCACAAGCAGAAGUGUAGCUUCAAAAAAGGAAAACAUGGGGUUAUUAUAGGCUUUGAGGGAAGGGUGGAGUUCAGAUAAAAUUUAAAUGAAGUAAUGUUUUAAGAGGUUUGAAGAAAAGGCAGUAAGUAAAGAGUUAACAUCAGGCCUAGGCAUGGAAAUGGCCCAAAAUACUGUCCUUGAAAACCACAAAGUCAAGACAAAUAUAUAGUGUAAUGUCCCCUCCUUUUUGGAAGACCCUGGAUCUGAGAAAUUGUACCAGGACUGAAUGGUGGGGGUGUGACUUCUCUGAACAGCUCUGAUCCUUCCAUUUUCACUAGUAUGAUUUCAAAAAUGAAGUUUUCUAAGAGCUGUGAUUUUAAAGAACAAAGCUUUUCAAUAUCAUGCCCUGAAACUCUCUAACAGAAGCCAUUUUUACAGACUUAUAUCCUACUUAAAGUAUGUUCGUGUCACCACUAAGCUCCAACAAAGAGCAAGAUGGGCAGUUGUGACAGUACUGAUACAGCUCAGAAUUACCCUCUUAGACAAAAAAAUUAUUACGCUUUUUUUGAAGGUCAGAUGGGGCUCCCAGGAACAGGGGAAAGAACCCUAGAAGCGCCCCAGCCUUACUUCCUUUUAUCUUCUUAGAUGACAUCGAUGCAGUUCAAUUCAGUAACAACUUAUUGAGUACUUUAACUAUGUUAUUAAUGUUACUAUUAUUUAGUUAUUUAAUCCUCUCAACAACUUUAUGAAGUAUGCAAAAACACAAUUCUCAAACGAUGUUAUUUAUGAGAGAACCAGAGAAAGAGAAAAUAGCUGUUUAAAGAGUAUUAGAGGAACAGAGAUUUAUAUCGUCAAUCAGGAAAGGAAUACUGACAAAUAAUUACUAAGUUAACUGGUUAACUUUCUGCAGAGCAAUAAGACAUUUUAUCUUUGUGGUUAAGUUCUCUACGGGGCUACCAAAUCACAAGAACAUAUCAAUUUCUACAUAUUUACAGUUCUAACCUUAUAGGGCUCUAAAUCAUCUGUACCUUUACCAAUUUUGGACUUUUAGUCAAAUAUAGUGAACAGCAAAGUUACACUCCCCAAUGAGGAUCAGAUGAGGUCAAUCACGCUUAUUAGAAAAUGCUCUAUUGUGACAUUAAAAUGUCAAGCAAGCAUUACCUUGUAUUUUUCUAGGUCUAGGAUAAUUGUCUUUGUCUCACAAGUAGUUAUUAUUAUACCCGGUUUAUACAUACAGAAUCAUAGACCCAGAGUAGUUUACUCAUUAUUAUUUUAUUUUUACUGGUGAGGAAACUAAAGUUCAAAGAAGUUACAUAUUCAGCCCAAUCUCACUCAUCUAGUGAAUGGUAGAGUUGUAAUUUGAAUCCACACUUUUAGCAAUAGGAUAUUAUGCCUCACACAAAGGGGAUGGUCCCUAUUCUUACAAAACAUGCGGUUCAGUAAUGGAGACAGGCAAUUAGACACACAAUUACAAUACAUAUGUAUUAUUAUAAAGGUAAGCACAAUGUUAUAUAAGUACAUCUUCAGGUGUUCUCCCAGCCUGACCUCAAACAAGUUCCACUUGGUCAUAUAACCUUUACAAUAAAAAAAUUGAUUAAUUUGACUUUACAAAAAAUUUUUUUAAUCAGAAACUUUUUACAUGGUAAUAAACCACCACAAAGUCAGAAGAAACUAACAAACUGGGAGAAAAUAUUUGCAACGUAUAUUACAGAUUGAGGACUAAUACCUCUAACAUAUAAAUAUCUGAAAAAUUGAGGGACAAAAGAUCAAAAAACUAAUACAAAAUUAUGUAUUUUUUUCUAUUUCCAAAAUAUAUUUAUUAUUAAGUGAAAAAAAUCACAGUGCUGAAGAGUUCAUACUGCAGUAACUUUUGUGUAAGAAAUAAAGGAAAAUAAGAGAACAUGAAUAUCUGCUUGUUUCAACAGAAACACAGAAAAGAUAAAAACAAACAAUAGAAAUUGGUUACCUACGAGGGGCAAAGCGAAAGAGGUGGGGAAGGGGAGACGAUUUAUUAUCUUUGUGUAUACAUUUUAAUAGUGUUGACUUUUAUAAUUAUGUUAAUGUUCUACAUAUUCAAAAGAUAAAAUAAAAUCAACAAGGAUAGAAAAAAUUAUCAUAAAACUAAAUAACAAAUGAAUCCAACUGUAUUUUUCAAAUAACUAACAGCCACAGUCAAGGGAGAAAAAAAUCCCAAUAUUUUUGUAACACAAUUUAUUGGCUAAAAUCUAAAGAAUAAAACAAAAUAGAAAAAAUAUCUUGAA